GUUUGGCACAGCCACUACCCUAGCAACUGAAGUUACUGAAUCAGCCACAAUCAUAUUCACGACUGUACCAAAAUUUACGUCGUUCUUCUAGCCAUGCUUAUCUUCUCCGUCUUCAAGACACUAACAGAUCAACGAGUAACCGUCGAGCUGAAGAAUGACCUCUCGAUUACAGGAGUCUUGAAGUCUGUAGACCAAUUCCUGAACAUCCGUCUGGACUCGAUCAACGUGCUAGACGAGACGAGACACCCACACAUGAUGGCGGUGAAAAACUGCUUUAUUCGCGGUUCCGUCGUGAGGUAUGUGCAGCUUCCUGCAGAACACGUCGAUACUCAGCUGCUGGAGGACGCGACGCGACGAGAGGUCGCUGCUCAAGGAAAACGGUGAUGGAUGUACUACGAUUGCCCAGCUUCC